AUGGACUUCGAGGAGGCCUGGCGGGAGGCCAUGGGGGGAGAACCGCAGCAGCAGCAGCACCAGCACCAGGCAAGUGGCGGCCACGAUGGUGGCGGUGGGGGCGACGACGCGUAUGAUGAGUUUAGCGACGAGGAUCUUCUGCGGUGUGUCCCCUGCGCGAAUGACGCUUCUGUGGCGCCAACGUUUGGCCCAGUGUGCCCCAUUGCACCGGUGGGCACUGCCAUGGCUUCCGCUACCACAGCCGUAACAAAGUCCUACUCGCCGCGUCCUGCGGCGGCCUCGGCUGUUGCGGCGGCCUUGCCCUCUCUGCUUCCGUCCUCGGCGCCGCAGCGGGGCGCCCUCGAGUUUCCUCCUGUCGGCGUCGCCAGCUUUCUGCUCCGUGGCGACAACGGGCGAGUGCGCUGGGUAACGACCACUGGUGGUGUUGCCGCGUCUGCCGCCCAGAGAUCAAGUGCUCAGAAGAUUCCACAGGCCGCGGGUCACUUGCACCCGCGCGAGGUGGUGGACGUCGAGGCCGUGGAGGCAGAUGAUGACGUUGUCACUGUGCAUGAAGGCGAAGGGGCAGGAACACUUUGUAGCAGCGGCGCAGCUAUGCAGCUGAGCGACGGGGAGGACGAGGACGACGUGUCCGACGCGGCGCCUUCGUCGGUGCACCGUCGGGCGAGCGACCCUGCAGGCUUUCUUCGCGACGGCUUAAGCGCUCGAGAGAUGCUGCGUGAUAUCUACGCUGAAGAGGCGAAGCGGCAGCAGGAGCGAGUGAAGCAACAGGAGAACAAGGAGCGGCAGAAUGUGCGCCGGGCAGGGGCAGGCCGGGAUUGUUGCGAGCUGGAGGCACUUGGUAACGGCGACGAGGUACUAGAUGAUGAGGAGAGAGAGCGGCGCCGACUCACUGAGCAGGCACGUCAAUGCCGCGCCGCCGCUGCAGGCGCUCUUGCGCGCCCUCGGCCACAUCGCGCCUCCUCCAACGGGGAACUGUGGGUCACCAAGUACAGCCCCAAGCUGUUCCACGAGGUGCUCAGCGAUGAAACCGUUAACCUACGACUCCUGCAGUGGCUCAAGUCGUGGGACGCUUAUGUGUUCCCAGAUGACGCGCCGUCGGCAGCAAAGGGCGCGCAGGCAUCAGGUGCCGGCGCUAUAACCGCGGCUUCACCGCCAGCGGAGCGCAUCGCCGUCCUUACCGGGCCGCCCGGAGUUGGCAAGACGACACUCGUCCACGUCCUCGCCGCACACUGCGGGUACGAGGUGAUCGAGGUGAACGCGAGUGUUGAGCGGACGGCGUCGCGGCUGGAGGCGCUCAUCAAGACGGCGGUGUCCGCGGCCGGGCCGGCUCCUGGAGGUCGCGUCCGCCGCCCAACAGCGUCGUCGGGUGUUGCUGGGUCGGCGGUGUCCACUAUCGAUCACCGUGCAAAUCUUGGCGUUGAGAAGGGCCACAGCGGUGGCGCUUCCGGUGCCGAAAUGGCAGCAACAGGAGCGCCGUCGACGCCGCAUGCCUCUUCCUCCUUGGUGCAGCACUUGCUCCGUCCCAAGUGCCUUGUCAUCGAUGAGAUGGACGGCAUUGCCAACAGCAGCGUGGCCGCGUACCUCACCCAGCAGCAGCUGCAUCGGCCGGUAUUCUGUCUCUGCAACGACUUUUACGUGCCAUCCCUGCGGCCGCUGCGGCAGCACUGCACGCACGUGUACCACAUGCCGCCCAUUCGUCCUCAGCGACUACUCUCACGGCUGGAGGAGAUCGCGCGGCGAGAGGGGGCAGCAAUGUUCGACUCGAUGGCCCUAUCAGAGCUCAUCAAGACCAGCGGCGGUGAUGUGCGGAGCUGCCUGAAUGCAAUGCAGCUCAUCAGCAGCGCUGUACACCAGCAGCAGGAGCAGCAGCGUCUUGAGGGAGGGACUGGCGCGUCCUCCUCUGCCACCGCGGCACUCGUCACGACCCCGUCGCGGCACACCGUCACGGAACUCAUUCGGCGCAUGCAAGGCAAGGACAGCCGUGUUGCGCUGCGCGACAGCUGGCAGCUACUCUUCACCCGGCCCGAGCGUAACAAGGCUGUGCAGCUGCUGAGGCAGGAGUGCGGAAUAGACUACGAGGCCUUCGUUGAGGCCGCCGCCGCCCAGCACAACCGCAACGUUGUUCCUGCGCGUCGUGCGCUUGAGCGAGAGAGGGCGAUCGGUGUGCCGGCAGGCGGGAGCUACGCCGCGACACGGACGGCGGAGGCGAGAGGUGGCGGUGGUGCGUCGGCGCGUGCAGCGAUCCAGCCAGUAGCCAUGGGUUUCCGUGUUGAUCCCGGCUACCUGUACGCUGCUCAGAAGCUGUCUCGCUGCCCCGACAGCGGCGGUCUGGUGGACGGCCUCCAGGAGAAUUAUCUGAACCGUGCGUACACCGACUACAGCUUCUCCCGCACCAGUGCCACCGCUGACAGCUUCUCGCAGCAGGACGUGGUGGUCGCGGCGGCCUUUCAGCAUCCGGAGCUGAUGGGGACGGCGGAGCGGCUGUGUCACGUGUCUGCGCUGACGUGUUACGUGCACUGCAGCACCGCGGCACGCGGGGGCCGCAUCGAGUUCCCACGCGAGCAGGCGACACUGCGCCGCUUGCGGUCGGAGUUGAAACAUGUUGCUCAGCAAUUCCGUGAAGGGUGCCGCCCGCACGGCUCCGCGUUCCUCGGCGAUGACGAGGUUGUAAGCACCGAUGUGGUGCCCAUGCUACUGCGGUGCCUGUUCGACCGAUCGCUGCGUCUGCCUGCGCACUCCAUUUCCUCUUUCAGUCGGCUUCCACCAGCAGAGCAGCGCCUGCUGCAGGCAUCUGUGGCCCGUCACGUCGAGUACGGUCUGGACUACCAGCGGGACCGGCAGUACACCCCGUCGUCCGCCGCCGCUGCUGCUGCCGCUGGAGCGUUGCUCAGCCCAUUCGGCUCGCUGGCCGCGGCGAAGGUGGAGGAUGAGGCGCCGUGGCGACUGGCUCCGGAGCUGGACAGACUCCUUGCAGGGGUGGUGCGUCCGAUGGAGCGCGCGCUUGCGGGAAGCGGCGGCGGUGAUUAUCGUGGCUACUUCUUUUCUUCACGCUCGUCGCGCUUCGGUGGGAGCGGUGCCGGUCCGCGUGGCAGCAGCGGCCUCCCCACAUUACCGACUCCUUUAGGCGCGAAAGGCGGCACUGACUCUCCGGGCUCCGCAACCAACUCAGGUGGUGGUGGCAGCCGUGAGCCGUCGAGAACGCCGUCGGUGGCAUCCGUGAUGAUGCCGGUGCGGAACGAGGUGCGGCAGAUCCUGUCUGGUGAGAUCCGCCAGCAUCGCAUCAUGCAGUCCAUGGAGCUCCUGAAGCGUCAGUCGCAGCAGUCGACAACAGACGCGCUCGAGCGAGGUAUGAAGCGGCAGCGCGCUGACGGCGUUGCCUCCGCCGUCACAGCCUCGUCAAAUCCCGCCCAUAACGCCGACUCUGCAGUGAAGGGUGAUAUUCGCGAAGUCGCGCAUGUGACGCCGGCAGGUGGGGCAGAGGGGGCGGAUGCACCCGCCAAAAAGUGGCCGCGAGCAGACGGGAGCAAGGGGGCGUCAGCAACUGUGACCACCACCACCGCGACGGUGCGGCGCGACUUCUUUGGUCGACCGUUGCCAAGCACCGACUCUGCAGGGGCAGCGUCAGCAUCAUCGACUGGCAGCACCGCGCGCAGCGGCCCUCGUGCUGUUGGCGACCGUCGCAGCGCCAGCGCCACCACCGUCACGUCACCGUCGUCCCUGGCUUCACCGUCAGCUGGGGACGCUGGCAAGGGUCGCUUUCCUCGCCCGCACUUUCCUCAUCGAUCCACCGCGAACGCCUGCGUGCGUUACGUGUACCAGGACGGCUCCACGAACGCCGUCAAGAUGCCGGCGACUUUCGCGGAUUUUUAG